CUCUUGAUCACCCCGACUCCGACUUGCCUGUCGUUUCGGAGGAGAUCUCGGCGGCCUCUCCGUCGGUGGGGGUGACCAACUCCUUCUCCUCCCUCGUGUUGCUCGAUGAUAACCUCAACUCCUACUCCUCCCCCGGACGUUACCACCUCGACGGAACCGGACACAAGACGCUUGCUUAAUGGAAGCUGCUUGACCACGCGCGGGGCUUACGCGGCGCUUGCCUCGCAGCUCACUGAUCCCUCUCUCUCACAGAUCUGGGACUCCAAGGUGCCCAAAAAAGUUAUGAUUUUUGGCUGGCUCUUCUACCUGGACAGAUUGAAUACUAGGGCGAACCUGCUCAAGAAGCACAUUUUACAGACUGCUGUGUGCCCGCGUUGCAAUAACCACGUGGAAGACCGGGAUCAUCUCUUCUUCACCUGCCCGGCGGCUCGACGGAUUUGGCGUGCCUUGGGCCUCAAGCCACGCUUCAACCCCACGGCCGACCUUUUCGUCACGGCUAUUCCGGCGGUGCUGCCCUCUUCAGUUCGCUCCUUCAUGCUCCUUCUCUUUCUUUGGAAAAUCUGGGAUGCCAGAAACAAAAAGGUGUUUCAAAACUUAGAAAUUGAUGUCAAAACCACUGUAAAAGCUAUUCUUGAGGACCUGAUUCUGUGGACUCACCGUCUAAAGACGGCAGCCCUAAAGGAACACGCCGGCCUGUGGCGUGAUUUCCUCUCCUCACGUAUCUUAUGAUCCCUGUAAACUCUCUUCUUUUGGAAUAUAUUCAGGUGAGGAGUCUUUCCUCCGG